AAUAUAAAAUGUUGAGAAACUUAAGCUUUAUGUUGAAUGGCUGCUUAGUUUUGUCUGCAAUAUUUGCGUAUUCUGUGGAUAAGAAACCCAUCACAGAAUCCUGCUUGACCUGCAUGUGUGAGGCAUUAAGUGGAUGCAAUGAUACUGCGAUUUGUGUGAAUGGAGCAUGUGGAAUCUUUCGACUCACCUGGGACCAGUGGGUCGAUUGUGGACGCUUGACGCUGGCCGGAGAAUCGCCCUUAUCAGAAAGCUCAUUCAUAAACUGUGCAAAUGAUCCACAUUGUGCGGCGGAUUCCUUGCAGAACUAUAUGGUUAAGUAUGGCCAGGACUGCAAUAAUGAUGACAAGGAGGAUUGCCUGGACUAUAAUGCCAUUCACUACAUGGGCCCAUUCAGUUGUCGCAAGCAUAUGCCCUUCAAUUAUGAGCACACCUUCAAAAAGUGCAUCAAGCAAGUGCAACGUGAGGAAGAAGAGAAGCAGCAGCAGCAGAAACAACAACAAGAGCAAAAACAACCGGCUUGAAUUAAUUAGAU